AUGGAUUUUGAAGAUGAUGCUGCUGAAAGAAAUCCACUAUUUCCUGUUACUUCAUCUCCUGAGCAAAUAAAGUGUAGAUUCGAUCUGUUGAUGUUAAAAUUAGAUAAAGUUAAUCAAACCAGCAAUGAAAACCAACAUCCCAUCAUCAACGAUAAAUUAAUUUCUGAAGCAUUUCAUCUUAAAACUUUACAGACAAAAUUAUAA